AUGAUUGUGUUAUUAAAUGAUUACUUUUAUUCAAAAUUUGGUGAUCAAGCAAAUUUAAAUGUAUUUUCAAAUGAUUGUUUUGAAUUUCCACCAAGAGUUUCAAAUUUAACUUUAUUAUCUAGUAAUAGCGUUACAUUAAACUCUAAUCAAACUAUUGGAUGGGAAAUUGUAAUUGAUAGUGGUGGUGGUAUUAAAAUUAGUUAUGUAUUUAUACAUGUAAUUUCAAAUUUAGAUAAAAAAGGAUACACAUUUGAAUUCUAUCCAAACUCUACCUCAUGGGAAACCACAAUUGGAAUUGCUCUAUCACCAGAAACAACACCAUCACAAAUAUUUAAAAUUUAUAAUGCAACUAUUAUUGACGAAAGAGGAAUUAGAUCGGACCAUAUUGAUAGUUUUAAAGUUGAUGAAAUUUUUUCAAAUCAAAGUCCAAUUUAUCCAAUUUCAAUUUCACCAUUUUAUUUAUUUGAUCUUAGUUUAUUUAGCAUAACAGUUAAUUCACCAUUCAUUACUGAAUCUGUUCCACCAACAAUUACACUUGUAACCCUACCAUUUGAAAAUGUAGAUGAUUUUUUACAAUAUUCAAUUUUCUUUCAAUUAGUGUCAACUGAUAAUGUUGGUAUAUUAAAAAGCCAUAUACCACAAGUUUAUUUAUCGCAUUCAUCAAACUAUGGAGAUUUACAAAUUUUCCAAUGUAAUACAGCUAUUAAUGAUACGUCUGAAACAACUUGUAAUUAUUAUGUUACUUGUAAAGUUGAAUAUGGUUAUGGUAUUCAAAACCCUGUAUCUGUUUUAGUUUAUGGUGUUGUUGAUACUAGUUUCAAUGUUGCAAGCUAUAGUAGUUUAAGUGAAUCCCAAACCUUUGAUUUUAAUGGUCUUUCCAAUAAAAAAACACCUUCAAUUUCAAGUUGGACACCAUUAACACCAUAUAAUAAUAAAUUAACAAUUUUUGGUAGAAAUUUCCCAACAUCAGGUGGAAGUGCUUAUUUAUAUUAUACAGAUAGUGAUAUUGAUAAUUUAGUAACUUUGAAAUUUAUUCAUUCAUCAUCUGUAAUGGCAGUUUUAGAAAUUGGACAAGGUUUAAAACCAUUUGUAGUUUAUACUCAAAAUUCAAAUAAUGAAAAAUCUAAUAAAGUUGAAAUUCAUUAUUUAGGAAUUCCAACAUCUUCUUCAUCCUCAUCUUCAUCAUCAGAUGAUGAUUCAACAUUACCACCAGUUUUAUGUUUUGAUAAUUGUGGUGGAACAUCAAGAGGUACUUGUAUUCCAAAUGUUGGAUGUAAUUGUAAAUCACCAUAUAGUGGUAUAAAUUGUCUUUCUGAAACAAUUAAAAUUCCAAAACCUCAAACAAAUACAACAUCACCAGAUUCAAGAAAUGAAUUCCCUAUUAGUGGUUCAGAUAUUAAACUAAAUACAAUCAUUUCAAUUGUAGCAUUAAGAGAAUUAGAUUUUCAAGGUAAACAGGUUAAUAUUCAUUAUUUUGAUAGUUGGAAUUUUACAACAAUAUCUCAAACCAAUUUCACAUAUAGAUCACCAAUUUUAAAAAACAAUCAACAUGUUUCAAAUAUAUCAGUAGCAAUGGAAUGGCAUGAACAAUCUACAACUAUUACAUUUGCAAAACAAAAUCUCACAAUUAAUCCAUCAACUUUGAAAUAUUAUAUUUCAUUAGAUAAAUACCCAUUUGCAUCAUCAUUAAAUACACUUGAUUUAAUCAUUAAAUCAAUGUUUAAAAGUUCACAAACUGAUGAUGUAUGUGGCAGUAAAGGAUUUUCAUUAAAUGAUGGAAAUGAUUAUAUGACAUUACAAAUUGGAACAUACUCAUUUGAAGGUAAAUUUAUAAAAAAAGCAAUUAUCAAUGGCAAUAGAAUUGUAACAAUAAAUAAUAAAUUAUUAAAUGAAAAUCAACUAAAUAGUAAUUCAACUAUAACUAAAGAAAAAGAUUCAUCAAAUCAACUUUCAUCCUUUAUCUCAAUUGAAAUACCUCAUUAUGAUUCAAAUGUAUUAUUAGAUCCAAGUUUUUCAGUUUUAUUAGAUUCAAAUGAAUCAUAUAAAAACUCUGAAAAUUCAAUUUGUACUUCAAAAAAAUCCUCAAAACUUACUACCGCUCAAAUAAUUGCUAUUGUUAUUGUUUCUGUAGUUUUUGUAAUAAUUCUAGCUCUCUUUAUAAUCGUUAAAUUUUCAAAAUCUGAUAAAUUUUUAUCUAUAAGAAUUUUCUAUUAUAAAUUAUUUAAACGAUUUAAGAAAAAGUAUUAA